AGCCUCGCUCUCAUGAAGAUCGACUGGCGGAAGAGAUGAUGGAGUCCACCACCAAGUGGAGAGGUGACAGGUAUGAAACCGGCCUUCUGUGGAAACCUGAUUGCGCCCCCCUGCCCAAUGACCGUAGCAUGGCCCUGCGCCGCCUCGAAUCUACGGAGAAGGCGCUCCGACGAGCACCAGAAAAGGCUGCAGCUUACCGCGACACUAUGAGAGAGUAUCUGGAUAAAGGCUACGCCCGUCUGCUGACCGAAGAGGAACUACAGAAGCAUCAUCAGAGGUGCUGGUAUUUGCCGCACCACGCGGUAACCAGCGCGAGCAAACCUGGUCCUAUGCUCGUCAAGACGGGAGGACGGCAUGAGAAGAGGUACGGACUGUUGGUGACGUGCCUCGCCACCCGGGCAGUGCACCUCGAGCUGUGCCACUCGCUCAGCACCGACAGCUUCCUCAUGGCGUUCCGCAGAUUCGUCUCAAGGCGAGGCAGACCGAAAGAGGUGUUCUCUGAUAACGGGACGAAUCUGCGAGCAGGAGAGAGGGAGAUGCGUCGGCAGAUCCAAGCAUGGAACGUCCACGCCAUCAGUGACCGCCUCGCACAAGAUGGCAUUAAGUGGCAUUUUAACCCGCCAGGUGCGUGUCACAUGGGAGGCGCCUGGGAGCGGCUAAUAUCCUCCGUUAAGCGUGCUCUGAGAGCAGUGCUGAGCCAGCUGACUGUCACGGACGAAGCGCUACAGACCGUGCUGACAGAAGUUGAGGCGGUGGUCAACGGUCGACCUCUGACCCAUGUGUCCACAGAAGUGGAUGAUUUGGAGGCGAUUACGCCGAACCAUCUUUGCUCGGCCGACGG